CAAUUCCCAAUCCUCUCUCAUUUCCUAUUCUCCAAUUCCCAAACCCUCACUGCCACAGUUGUUGUCGGAAAUUCCGAAUUCCGGUUCCGGUUUCCCGUCAAUUGGCGAAUUCCGGAUUCGUUUCGCCGGGAGAGGUGUGGUUUCGUUUGGACCAAUCGGGAUCUGGCAGAGCUUGUUCCAGGGGAUCGGAAUUGUGAUCCAAUUGGAGCUUCGUUGAAUUACCGUUUUGGAUCCGAUCGUGGAAGAAACAGCGCCACCGGCCGAUGGCGCUGUUCCGGAGAUUCUUUUAUCGGAAGCCGCCGGAUCGGCUUCUUGAGAUUUCUGAACGGGUUUACGUUUUUGACUGCUGCUUCUCCACCGAUGUGUUGGAAGAAGAUGAGUACAAAGUGUACUUGGGUGGCAUUGUAACCCAGCUACAGGACUACUUCCCCGAUGCUUCUUUCAUGGUGUUUAACUUCAGAGAAGGGGAUAGACGGAGCCAAAUUUCAGACGUGUUGUCCCAGUAUGACAUGACAGUUAUGGAUUACCCUCGGCAAUAUGAGAGUUGUCCCCUGCUGCCACUGGAGAUGAUUCAUCACUUUCUUCGAUCAAGUGAAAGUUGGUUGUCAUUGGAGGGACAACAGAAUGUACUGCUGAUGCACUGUGAAAGAGGAGGAUGGCCUGUGCUUGCCUUUAUGCUUGCUGGUCUUUUGCUAUACCGUAAAAAUUACACGGGGGAGCAGAAGACUCUUGAUAUGGUUUACAAGCAGGCUCCUAAACAGCUUCUCCACCUGUUGACUCCUUUAAACCCACAACCCUCGCAGCUUAGAUAUCUUCAGUACAUUUCACGCAGAAAUCUGGGUGCUGAUUGGCCUCCAUCAGAUACACCACUAUUUUUGGAUUGUCUGAUACUUAGAAACCUUCCACUUUUUGAUAAUGGAAAAGGUUGCAGGCCCUUCAUACGAGUUUAUGGCCAAGACCCUUCAACACCGGCUAACAGAAGUUCUAAGCUUCUCUUUUCAAAUUUAAAGACUAAAAACAACACUCACCAUUAUGUACAGGCAGAGUGUAUGCUGGUGAAAAUGGAUAUCCGGUGUCGUGUUCGAGGGGAUGUGGUAGUCGAGUGUAUCCACCUGGAUGAAGAUCUGGUUCAUGAGGAGAUGAUGUUCAGAGUUAUGUUUCACACAGCAUUUGUACGGUCAAAUAUAUUGAUGCUCAGCCGUGAAGAUAUUGAUAUUCUUUGGGAUGCCAAGGAACAAUUCUCAAAGGACUUCAGAUCAGAGGUACUUUUUUUGGACGCUGAUGCCGUUCUGCCUAAUCUCACCACAGUUGUGGCAAGUGAUGAUGGAAAUGACACAGGGACUGCUUCACCGGAGGAAUUUUAUGAGGUGGAAGAAAUCUUCAGCAAUGCCAUAGAUGGGCAGGACCUGAAGUUGGCAUUUGAUACUGCACUGAUUCACAACAAUGCGCCUGAAAAUAUAGAUCAGAAAGAAGUCUGGAAGGAGGAUACAGAGCCUCACUCAUUCCAAGACUGUGCGUCAGAUGAUGGGAACCACAAAAAGGACAGACAUGUGGAUUCUACAACUGAUGCGGUGAAGGACAUUGCUGUGGACGAUGUAAAAUACAAGCUGGAAGAGGUGAAUUCCAAUCUGGAUGCAGUGAAAGACAUUGCUGUGGAUGAUGGGGAUACAAACUCAAAUUUCAUCUUAAUUUCUGCUGAUAUUCCAAGUCAUGAAGGAACUAAAGAAGUGGCGGAAGAGGUGUGUGAAAAUUUGGAAGAGAUGAAAGAUAUAAUUGAUGGGGAAGACACUACUACACAGAAGCUAGAGACCAAGCUCAUACAACAAGCCGAGGUCUCUAGACCAAAAUCUGAGAAAUUGCAGCCACCUACUUCUAAACCUGCUGUGAACACAAAAACAGCUUCAGAAACAAUGCUUACAAAACAGAAGGCUAAACAGCAAGAAACUCAGGGCCCUUCAGCAAGAAUAGCAAAACCAAAUGCAGUAUCUAGGUGGAUUCCUCCUAACAAAGGCUCACAUACUAAUUCAAUGCACGUUUCAUAUCCACCAUCAAGAUAUAAUAGUGCACCAGCUGCUUUUGCCAAUUCCACUGCUUCAAAGGAUACAAAUGCAAACGCCAGAUUGAAGGCUUCUUCUGUUAAUACUGCAUCUGGAACUGCACCAAGGGAUGUGGCAAGUAAACUGAAAAAUAGUGAUGUUGAACCUUUAAAGCAUUCAGAAUCUGCACCAGACACACUUGCAUCCUGCCUGCCAUCAAGCGUUCCUCCAAAUCAAGAGACACAUUCGUCCUCUGUUCCCACGCCACAAAGCCCACAACAAGUAGUGUCCGUUCCACCACCACCUCCUCCUCCUCCACCACCACCACCUCCUUUACUAGGUCAUAAUGUGGUGUCGUUAAAGUCCCCUUCUCCUCCCCCACCACCUCCUCUUCCACCUACUAGUGGGAAGGAUACUGGUAUACCUGUGCCCCCUAUAGUUCCACCUCCUCCUCCCUCCCUUAAAGCUAUUGGUCAAAAUAGUGGCGGUAUUUUGCCUUCACAACCUUCAUCCUCCCUUUGGAAGGUUGGGUACUCUACAGCCUCCAGGGGUUUGCUGGGAAGUACUCAACCAUCUCCCCCGCCUCCUGCACCUCUUUCUGUUCAGGAUGCUUUAAGUGCAUUGAAACUUAGUGUUGGGAUCCCUACACCACCACCACCACCUCCCACACAUGGAGCCCCACCACCUCCACCACCCCCACCUCCACCUCUUUCACGGGGAGCUCCAUCUCAACCACCACCACCACCUCCAAUGCAAGGAACUAUACCUCCACCACCUCCACCACCUCCACCUCCCUUACAUAGAGCUCCGCCUCCCCCACCCCCUCCUUCGUAUGGAGCUCAACCACCACGUUUAAUGCAAGGAGCUCCACCACCACCACCACCCCCUCCAUUGUAUGGGGCUCAGCCACCACGUGUAGUGCAAGUUGCACCAUCUCCUCCUCCUCCACCACCACUUCCAGGAGCUCCACCUCCGCCACCACCUCCAAUGCAUGGAGCCCCACCUCCGCCACCUCCUCCAAUGUAUGCUGCCCCACCUCCUCCACCCCCUCCAAUGCGCGGGGUGCCACCUCCUCCUCCUCCACCACCUGGUGGUGGUCGGGCACCCCCACCUCCCCCACCACCUGGUGGAAGUCGAGUACCCCCACCACCCCCGCCACCUGGUGGAAGUCGAGCUCCCCCACCUCCCCCGCCACCUGGUGGAAGUCGAGCUCCCCCACCUCCCCCGCCACCUGGUGGAGGUCGAGCGCCCCCACCACCCCCACUGCAUGGAGCUCCACCUCCUCCACCACCUCCAGGAGCUCGUGGUCCUGGGCCUCCUGCUCCACCUGGACCUCCAGGUGGUGCUCCACCACCACCACCUCCAUUGGGUGCCAAAGGUAAUGAUGCAAGAGGCCUUCCUUCUGGAAGAGGGCGUGGAUUAGCACGUCCAGCGAUGGGCCCUUCUGCUACAGCACCUCGAAGAUCCUCUUUAAAACCACUACAUUGGAGCAAGGUGACAAGGGCAUUGCAAGGAAGCUUAUGGGAAGAACUGCAAAGACAUGGAGGAAAUCAAAUUGCGCCUGAGUUUGAUGUGUCAGAGAUAGAAAGCCUUUUCUCUGCAACAGUUCCAAAAGCUGCUAACAAAUCUGGAGACCGACGCAAGUCUGCUGGAUCAAAACCUGACAAAGUCAACCUGAUCGACCUGAGAAGGGCAAACAACACUGAAAUUAUGCUCACUAAAGUUAAGAUGCCACUUCCUGAUAUGAUGGCUGCUGUUUUAGCAAUGGAUGAGUCAGUAUUAGAUUCUGAUCAGGUGGAAAAUCUAAUUAAGUUUUGUCCUACUAAAGAGGAGAUGGAACUUCUGAAGAACUAUACUGGCGACAAGGAGACCUUGGGGAAGUGUGAACAGUAUUUUUUGGAGUUGAUGAAAGUGCCUCGGGUGGAGUCAAAACUAAGAGUAUUUUCUUUCAAGAUUCAGUUCAGCACUCAGGCGUCAGAAUUUAAAAGAAGUUUAAACACAGUAAACUCUGCAUGCGAGGAGGUCCGAACUUCUGAAAAGUUCAAGGAAAUUAUGAAGAAAAUUCUUUUUCUUGGGAAUACAUUGAACCAAGGAACUGCAAGGGGUUCUGCUGUUGGGUUCAAGUUGGACAGUCUUCUGAAGCUUGCUGAUACUCGUGCUUCUACUAGUAAGAUGACACUUAUGCAUUAUCUCUGUAAGGGUCUUGCUUCCAGAUCUCCUGAACUUCUUGGUUUUCACCAGGACCUUGUCAACCUGGAACCUGCAUCAAAGAUACAACUGAAGUCUUUAGCAGAAGAAAUGCAAGCUUUAAUCAAGGGGUUAGAAAAGCUCAAGCAGGAGCUGGUGGCAUCAGAAAAUGAUGGCCCUGUUUCAGAGGUUUUCCGUAAGACAUUGAAGGAGUUCAUUACUGUUGCUGAGACUGAAGUGGCAUCUGUGACGAAUCUGUAUUCUGUGGUGGGUAGAGCGGCUGAUCAACUUGCAUUAUAUUUUGGUGAGGAUCCUGCCCGUUGCCCAUUUGAGCAAGUUACUGUGACUCUCUUAAACUUUGUGAGGCUGUUUAAGAAAGCACACGAAGAGAAUUGCAAACAGGCUGAAUUGGAUAGGAAGAAAGCUGAGAAGGAAGCAGAAAUGGAAAAGGCCAAAGGUGUUAACCUUACAAAAAAACCAAUUAACAAUUCUAUAUCCACACCCAAUAAAGUAAUCGGUUAUUUUCCGUUGCUUUUAAAGUUUUAA